UGGAAAGUGGUGCAACACGCGUCUCCAAGCGCGUCUGGCCUAGACACCAAUAUACACUACCGAUCACUUGUGAGAUGGGGGAACAAGACAAGGGGCCGACCAUACCAAACACUCCAGGCCUCAACCUGCAUGGAGCUGGAACUCCAGCCACUUUGUUUCUCUCUCUUUGUCCUGUCAUGAAUUCCUAGACAUUUAAAUCCUCCCUCCAGUCCUGCCGUCCCUGGGCUCGAGCAGCGAUGCCCGCGGGGGCCUCCCGAAAGAGCGCCGAAGGUGCUGCCCCGCCCGAAUCCUCCAUUCCGCCCAGUUUUGUCCAGAUCAGGCCAAUUCUGGAUGAGGUUGUGUCUCCGGGGGGCUUGGUCAAUGUUAUCGGCGUGGUGAAGGAUUGCCGUCUUCCCAUCCCAACUAAUGGCAAUGAUCACAAAUGCACCAUCACCCUCUAUGACCUUUCCACGGACGAGGAUAACCAUGACAUUAACUUUGUCGUCUUCCGUCCGGAGGCCGACAUGCCUAGAGUCACGGCCGGUGAUGUUGUGGUCGCGACCAACGUGAAGGUGCAGAGGUAUCGUGGAGACCUGUCUCUCAUCACCAACCGUACAACGUCCAUUCGUGUCUACACGGCCUCCAAGAUUCCACCACGGCCACAAUCCGCCAAGAUCGCCCUAGCGCCGGCCUCAAAGCGAGACACCCACGUGCCCACCGUCGCGGAGACCGCCUACGUUUCUCACAUUUACCACACAAUCGACAAGUACUCCCUCCCCGGCGAGCACGAGUUUCAGGCUAGAGCAGAGCAGUCUCUGAAUGUCAAGCAGAAAUUUAGCCUGCUCAAAGACGUACAGGAGGGCAAGUUUUGCGACUUGAUCGUGCAAGUAGUCAGGGAUCCCUACGAUGGCCUCACCGCGCUCACCCUGUACGUCUCGGAUUACACCGAAAACCCGCGUUUCCACCCACGGGCAUGGGAAGGACUCUCGGAUUCCGGACUCGGAGAUGGCGAUCCAUAUGGCUACACCACUGGCGUGGCCGAUGUGCCCAACAAGGAGUGGGUUGGGCCCUACGGGAGGAUGUCGCUCCAGAUCACCUGCUUCGAGCCCCACGCUACCUUUAUCCGGGAGGAAGUAAAGGCUGGGCAGUGGGUAGGCUUGCGUAAUGUUCAGAUCAAGUAUGGCCGCGACGGCCGGUUCCUCGAAGGAUUCUUGCGUGAAGAGCGCGGGUCUUCCUCCAGGCGGGUCAACGUGGACAUUCUGGAUCUCGCCAACGCCGACACCAUAGACCCGAACCUGAAGGAGGCGAUCCGGCGAUGCCGUGACUACCACAAGAAGAAAAGGCAGCAGAUUAAAGCAAUCAAAGCUGCUGAAGCAGCGGGUAUGAAACGCAAAGCCUCCCUCUCGUCCAAGAAAGAAGACCUGCCUCCCAAUUCCAAAGAACGGCGUAAGCAGAAGCGAACGGCAAAGGAACAGAGUGAGAGCGAGGAGGUCCUCAACCAAGAGCCUCCUCACCUUGGACUGAACGACCACAUCACCUGCGAAACACACAACGCUCAGUACUCCACUAUCGAGUCGAUCCUUGAACCGGUAUCGUAUGAAACAACGAUUAACAACCAGACCGCCAGUUUUGUGGUGCCUUUUGUCUGCGCCAAGUACCGCGCUGUCGUGCGCGUCGUUGACUUCUUCCCGCCCUCAUUAGAGGACUUCGCUUGCAGUCGCAAGCAGACUGUCUACGACAUGCUCUCCGACAACGAAGCUGACAGUGACUGCGUCUCCUCAACGUCCGACGAAGGCGGCGCAGUCGACGGCGACCGGAUUUGGGAGUGGCGUUUUGCACUGCAGCUCCAAGACCCAGCGCCUCCGGGCCACACAAAGCAGGCCGAACGUCCGCCCCGGAUCUGGGUUCUUGUUGACAACAUCGAGGCGCAGUGCCUGACCGGGCUCGACGCGACCGACCUCCGCCAAGAUCCGGAGACGUUACAGAAACUCCGUGAGCGUAUGUCCCUGCUGUGGGGGAAUCUGGAGGAGCACAAGGCACAAACUGCAGAGAAAAGACGAACGGAGAAAGGUGCGGAGAACGUGGGGCAGAACAGAUUUAGGCACCACCUACGCCUCCAGAAGCCGCCGUUACAGAGCUCACCCGCGGAAGACAACGAGGGCGAGGGGAUUGAGGGCUUCGUUUCGAACAGGCCCUUUGCUUGUUGCAUCAAGCAAUAUGGCGUUCAGGGGGAAGGGGGCGCAUGGGUGCGAUGCUUUGGACUUUUUGGGACCAAGAUAUUAGUCACGGGUCCAUGAACUUGGCUGCGAUGACGGGGUUUGCUUGCGCUUGGGCAUGUCUAGUGAUUUAGGAGUUUCCGGAAUGAAGUGUAUGGAUGGAACGGUUAAUGAAUUACUCCAUGACGAGCUUGUGGUAUCUCUAACCUCGCAAACGCGGUCUGCUAGACGCCAA